AGAGGUUUGUGUACGUUCUUCAACCAAUCACGUGUAGACGUUAUCAACCUUUUCCGGACUAAACCUCCGCCAACUUGAAGUUGAAGUGACUUAUAGGAAGUAGGAAAUAUAUGGUGCUAUUUUGUUGAUACAAUCUUGGAAACGUUGGUUCAGUUAUUUUUGUUGGGAGUGAUAAGGCGUGAUGGUUUGCGAGAAGUGCGAGAAAAAACUUGGUACUGUUAUAACUCCUGACACAUGGAAGGAUGGUGCAAGGAAUACAACAGAAAGUGGCGGAAGAAAGCUGAAUGAAAAUAAAGCUCUGACAUCUAAAAAGGCUAGGUUUGAUCCUUAUGGAAAAAACAAAUUUGCUAUAUGUAGAAUUUGCAAAAGUUCAGUACAUCUGCCAGGCUCUCACUAUUGCCAAGGCUGUGCUUACAAAAAAGGCAUCUGCUGUAUGUGUGGGAAGAAAGUUCUGGACACCAAGAACUACAAGCAGACAUCUGUGUAACUGCUAAAAUGUCACCUAGCCACACCUGUAGAAGUCCUUUAGAAUUGUUUUUAGUGUUUUAUUCUUAGGGCUUUUAUUUCUCUCCUGACCAAGGAGAGGUGCAUGUUUCUGGUUAUCUGGUUUCAGCUACAGCGAACACUUUAGCUCCUGCCUAUCAUUAAACUACAUUGUUAAAUAC